CGUUGGAGCAGCGAUUGCUCCCGUCCACUACAGCAUUGCUUACUUAGGCUUUGCAUUUUUCAGAUCUUCCAUUUGUGCGAUCUCCAUCGAGGGGGUGUCUUCUGCCUGGUUUGUCGUGGAGAGACAUUCCUGCCCGCCAACUACGCCCGCCAGUCGGUCGAGGUGCGCGCCAACUGGAUGCGAGCAAUGUCGGCCCAUCAACACGUCGCAGAAGGAGCUGUUGUCACUUCGCGGCGCAGAGACCUCGGCAACGGACCGAACGGACGUCCUGUCCUCCAGGUCCGUACUAGACCGUCACCGUUUGCACCGAUCGACAUGUUCACUGGACAGCAACUUAUGCUGACAGCGGCCGACGGCACCGACAGCCGCCAGAAGAUGGUAUUUUCUCGAGUUUCCAAGGAACUUCUUAAGUUUCUACCCUUUUUCACUUUGUUGUGCCCACCAGAAACUGUGGAGUAUGGGCUUAUAACCAACUCUGGUAUGUAUUAA